AUGUCGACGGAAAUGGAGAUUGAUUCUCCGGUCCCGGAGAGGCAGGAUGAUGACCAAGCGCCGGCCUCCCACACUACCAGGGAAGCGCGUACCCAGGCUGGCGCUGUUGCGGUGCGCAGUAUUGAAGGCUGGAUUGUUCUUGCAACAAACAUCCACGAGGAAGCCUCUGAAGAGGACGUUACCGAUUUAUUUGCUGAAUACGGAGAGAUAAAGAAUUUUAAUUUAAAUCUGGAUAGGAGGACGGGUUAUGGAUACGCUUUAAUCGAGUACACCACCCUUCCAGAGGCAAAGGCCGCCAUCGAAGCACUUAAUGGUGCCAAACUUCUUGAUCAGUCCAUCCAGGUCGAUUUCGCAUUCGUCCGACCACCACCCUCAAACAAAAGCAGGUCCGGAACCGUUGGAAAUCGCAAUCGGGGAGGCCGCGGGCGGAGCAGGAGUCGAGGUCGAAGUCGAAGCCCUGAAGGCAAAGCUGAACGAGGCUAA